AUGGAUAACAAUACGAAACAAGAAACAAAAACGGAACCAGUUAUCAAAGACGCAGGUUGUUGGGUACGUUUUAAAAAUUUCUUUUCCGACAGAGGCUUCGAUUUAGAGUAUGAAUAUCCUACACAUAGUUCCAGGACUAUUAAUUUACUAGGAGAGAAUCGAGAAACCGAAAUCGAAGGCUAUAGAACAAUAGAGGAAAGAAAACUGUCGAUUGGUAAAGAUAAAGAGAGACAACUUUCCAACUCUUUAGUCAAUGUGGAUGAUGAAUUGGGUGGUGUGAUUAAUUUUUAUGAACAAUUUGCGAUUUUAGUCGAUGAUGGAAAAGAGGAAGUCAGUUCCCCCGAAGUAUUUAAGAAGACAACUAGACGUCGAGUAUCUUCGAGACCUAGUGUUCUUUUGACUAAUAUAACUGAGGAAGGUGAUGGUGAGCUGGAUGAUAUUGAAGUGAACAGGUUGCCGCCGCCCGCGCAAAUACCUUCUGCCAUGUUCUACGCGCCCCCAGAGCCGCUGGAGUUGCUUUGCGUGUUUCCGGAGCGCGCAUCACGAGUGUGUGCAGCAGCGUGCUCAGCGGUGGCACGCGCGGGCGGCGAAGCGCGCACCGUGCGAUGUGCCCGCGAUGCUCUUGAUGCACUUCGAAGAGAUGCCGAUUCUCGACAGCCGCAUGUCAUAGUUAUAGAUGCAAGGCAGCCGCAAGUGCUUGAUGCUUUUUUGCUUGCGAGAGCAAUAAGGGGAACGAAGAACACUCAACACAUAAUUCUCAUAGCAGUCGUAAAAAAAAGUCUCUACCUGAAGGACGACUUUGCAGUACUGGCCUACCUCGAUGCGGGAUUCAACCGAGUGAUGGUGGAAACAGUAAGCGGUACGGCGUGGUGUGCAGAAGUGCUGCAGUCCCGGGCAGCUGGGGCUACUUCGCGGGCUCAAGUCGCCGCUGUGGCUGCCCUCGCCGCUGCUGCUGAUCGUUGCCGAGACCUUGUCGCUGUUACUGAUGAUCAGCAGAGGAUUCUUCUAGCAAACAAAUCAUGGUGUCGAGUUCUCGGCUGGCGCCAAGACGAGGGUCCUAAACUAAUAUCAGAAACAGCAGGCGGUGAGGCACUAAGACAGGCAACGAGCGGUGCAAGAGAAUGGGAGGCGCCAGUAAUGCUUCGACGCCGAGCUGGUCCGGACCCUAUAAUGCUGCCAUGCCGAGGAGCUGCCGUGGGGCUAACCAAAAGCCCAUCUCACAUAGUAUUCGUCUGCGAGCCCACUAACGCAAUAGAGAAUGAUCGUGGCCGAGGCUCUCUUCACUCCAUCAGGCGAGGCUCACUCGAUGUUCGUUCAGUUGCAUCUGACGGUCUGCGACGCACUUCGCUAGCAAAGUUGCAAGGGCUACCAUUGGAAGCUCCCAUCACUAAGGUGAUAUCUCUCUUAUCAACGGCUACCGAGGGCGCUCCUCCUUCAACUGUUGCCUGCAUCGAGAGAGCUGUCGACAUGUUACGGACUUCAGAACUGUACUCCCCGCAAAUGAGAGAUGAACCUAAACUUAGAGUUGAAGACCCUAUCGCAACCGAUCUCAUUGGAGCACUAUUAUCUCAAGGACCUACCAACGUCCUAUCCUCGCGGCGAAGCAGCAACGAUUCGACCGUCGUCCGAGGACAAACAAAUAGAACUAAUAUUAAGCACAAGACAUCUGGCCAAGUCCGAGAGCUUCUCGACACAGCUCUGAGCUGGGAUUUCGAGAUUUUCCGUCUCGAGGAAAUGACCCGCAAUCGACCUCUCGCUCACCUGGGUCUUGCGCUUAUGGGCGGUCGCUUUGACGUAUGCGCAACUCUUGAAUGCGACGAGAGAACACUUCUUCACUGGCUUACCAUAAUUGAAACUAACUACCACGCUGUCAAUACGUAUCAUAAUUCUACACAUGCGGCCGAUGUGCUACAGGCAGUAGGAUACUUCCUGGAGAAGGAUCGACUGAAGACAUUCCUGGAGCCACUUGAAGCUGCCGCAGCACUAAUAGCAGCUGCAGCCCAUGACGUAGACCACCCUGGAACUUCAUCAGCGUUCUUGUGCAAUGCGCGUCAUCCCCUCGCUGUGCUCUAUAACGACGUUUGCGUACUUGAAUCACACCACGCUGCACUCACAUUUAAGCUGACCCUAAAAGACGACAGAGUGAACAUAUUCAAGAAUCUCGAUCGUGAAACAUAUAAACAAGUACGUCACAACGUUAUCGACAUGAUCCUGGCCACGGAAAUGACCAAGCACUUUGAGCAUCUCGCCAAGUUCGUCAAUGUCUUCUAUGCAAAGUCAAACGGCAGCAAAGACGACGGCAUGCACACCGACGAACCAUAUGCGCUGGAUACGACCGCACUCUCAUUGCCAGAAAAUGUCAUCUUAGUAAAAAGGAUGAUGAUUAAGUGCGCCGAUGUUUCCAAUGCGUCCCGACCUCAAAAGUUUGCAUUCGAAUGGGCUAGGAGGAUUGCGGAAGAAUACUUCCUACAAACAGAUGAAGAGAAAGCAAAGGAGUUGCCGGUAGUAAUGCCAAUGUUCGACCGCGCCACUUGCUCAAUUCCGCGUUCACAGAUUGGGUUUAUCGAUUUCAUUAUUAUGGACAUGAUGGAAGCCUGGUCUGCUUUCAUCGACAUGCCAGAGCUUGUGAACCACGCUCACAACAAUCUUGCUCGAUGGAAGGAACUCGACGAAGCCGGCGUCACUACCCUGGAUGACGUCAAAAGGGCUCAGCGACACUCCGUCGUUCAUGCGCCGCGCCUAACACAACCGCCAAAUAAUACCGCUAACACCACUACGGAGGAGUAA